ACCACCGUCGCGGCCCUCCUCUUCGGAGCCGCCAUCGCCUCCCCCAUCGUCCCUCGUGAGGAGGCCGCCACCCAGACCGCCGAGGCCCCCAAGGCCACCGAGUCUGCCGGAGCCUACGACUGGGCUGAGGGCUGGAAGAAGGCGUACCCCAUUCACCAGUCUUGCAACUCUACUCUGCACCGUCAGCUUGCCAACGGUCUCGAUGAGGCUGUUCAGCUGGCCACACACGCCAAGGAGCAUAUCCUGCGCUUCGGUCACAAGUCCGAGUUUGUCCAGAAGUACUUUGGCAACGCUUCGACUUCUCAGCCUAUUGGCUGGUAUGAGCGUAUCAUCAACGCCGACAAGACUGGCAUGCUCUUCCGCUGCGACGACCCUGACCGCAACUGCGCUACCCAGGACGAGUGGGCUGGCCACUGGCGAGGUGACAACGCCACUACUGAGACCGUCAUCUGCCCUCUCUCUUUCGAGAUCCGCCGCAACCUUGACCAGGUUUGCAACCGUGGCUACACCGUUGCUGCCUCCAAGCUCAACACCUUCUGGGCCACUGAUCUGAUGCACCGCAUCCUCCACGUCCCCACCGUCAGCGAGGAGGUCGUCGACCACUUCGCCUCUGCCUACACCGAGGUCACUGCCCUCGCCAAGAAGAACCCCGAGGAGAGCGUCAUCGACAGCAACACCCUCCAGUUCUUCGCCAUCGACGUCUACGCCUACGACAUUGCCGCCCCUGGUGUUGGCUGCACCGGUGAG